AUGCACAUGCAACCUCGUCGACGAAUAGCAUUCACUUCUGAGCAACUGAAUCGAUUAGAAGAUGCAUUUCAAAGAUGUCCCUAUCCCAAAACAGAAAUCAGAAUGAAGCUCGCUUUAGAAACACAAUUAUCAGAAACACGAAUUCAGGUGUGGUUCAAAAAUCGGCGAGCUAAAUAUCGCAAAAAAUUACGAAACAAAUCUGAUAACAAAGUACUACAUGAUAUUUCAACUCCAAAAUAUAAUUCCGUAAUCAGUAAGAAAAAUUUUAUAUUUGUCUUUAUGCCAAAUCCAAUUUCAGAGCAAUGUAUUUCAUGUAUUUAGAU